AUGCCCGUCUACACCAUACCGCCCGUCUACAUCGUGCCAGUCCUGCUGCGGCAUACCCACCCGUCUACACCAUUCCCGCUCUGCUUCACCAUACCCGUCCGUAUACACCGUACCUACACGUCUACACCGUACCCGCCCUGCUGCAUCAUACCCGCCCGUCUACAUUAUACCCGCCCGUUUACAACAUACCCGCCCGUCUACACCAUACCCGCUCGUCUACACAGUACCCACACGUCUACUACGUACCCGCCCUGCUGCAGCAUACCCGCACAUCUACACCAUACCAGCCCUGCUGUACCAUACCCGCCCGUCUACACUGUACCCGCCCGGCUGCACCAUACCUGCCCGUAUGCACCUUACCUGCCCAUCUACACCGUACCCGCCCUGCUGAACCGUACCCGCCCUGCUGCAGCAUACCCGCCCGUCUACACCGUACCCGCCCUGUUGUACCGUGCGCGCCCGUCUACUCCGUGCCUGCCCGUAUACACCGUACCAGCCUUGCUGGAGUAUACCCCCACGUCUACACCGUACCCGUCCGUCUAUGCCGUACCCGCACCGCUGCACCAUACCCGCCAGUCUACACCGAACCAGCCCGGCUGUAGUAAUACCCGCACAACUACACCGUACCCGCCCUGCUGUAGCAUACCCGCACUGCUGCAACAUACCCGUCCGUCUUCAUCGUACCCGCCCGGCUGCAGUAUACCAGCACAUAUACACCGUACCCGUCCGUCUGCACAGUACCCGCCCUAA